CAAUCAAUUCGAAACGAGCCGUGUCCGAGUCAACUCGUCCGCGUCACAGUAGUUUCGCGUUCAUUUCAUUCCAAUUGAGAUCACGUCAUCGCGCAAAUGCCAUUUGUUUGCUUCUCUUCGAAGUUGUAGUCUUAGCUCGUUACACAUAUUUACAGCGGUGUAGGGUUUCGGUUGAAGAUUUUGUUGGCAAAUCUAGGUUGUUUUUUAUUGAAUCUGAAUUGGCGAAGAUGAUGUCCUUCGAGAUGAACGAUCGUAAAAAAAUUGGACUCGGUUUGACGGGGUUUGGAGUAUUCUUUUCAUUUCUUGGGAUCAUUUUCUUCUUUGAUAAGGGACUGCUUGCAAUGGGAAAUAUCCUUUUCUUCUCAGGCGUGACAUUAACCAUUGGCCUCAAGUCUUCCGCCCAGUUCUUUAUGAAGCGUUCUAAUUUCAAGGGAACUGUUUCCUUUGGUGUUGGCUUCUUCCUGGUUAUCAUUGGAUGGCCUAUCUUAGGCAUGAUAGUUGAGGCUUAUGGAUUUGUUGUGCUCUUCAGUGGCUUCUGGCCGACACUGGCUGUAUUUCUGCAGAAGAUGCCUAUUAUUGGAUGGUUAUUCCAACAACCUUUUGUGAGAUCGUUUUUUGACCGUUACCGGGGAAAGCGAGUACCUGUCUGAAUCUUCUUUGCAAGAAAGGCCACUUACCUCUGGGCUGCCUUGUAAGUUUUGUAAAAAUACUUUCUUACCAGCAUGUCAAGAUAAAACGAGAAUACCGCGUGGUAGAUGAUAUGUGCUUGAUUUUACGCAUGCUUCUUUUUACCUCACUGGGAAAUGAAAGUUCAUACUCUUGAGGUGGAUGCAGCUUCAGUGUACCAAUUUCAUUGAUUUUUUUCCUCGAGUCCUCCUCUAAUCCGAGACACGGUUUGAAGAAAAAAUGAAUUGUUAUAGAGAACUCUCUUUCCAUUGAUUGAAUUGGGUUCGUAUUUUAUGUGCAAAA